UUUUUAAUUAAAAAAAUUGAACUUGGAAUGAUACAUGUUAUUUUCGCAUAAAAAAAGAGGCCUUCUCGGGCCAUAAAUUUUUAGGCCCAAUAAGUCCAACGAAUUGGCGCGAAGAGCGUCUCGUUAGUUUAAUUUAAAACGGGAGCAUUUCCUCUCUCUCUCUCUCUCCCACUCUCUCUCUCUCGCUCUCUCUCUCUAUAUACAUCUAGAAAAGAAGAGAAAGAUCAAGAAAGCGUCUAACGGGUUUCGAUCGCACAAUGGGUUGCUUCUGUUCGAUCGAUCAAAGCAGCGAUACUCCAUCAUCAUCGUCGCCGCCGCCGCCGCCGCCACCAACACCGCCGCAGCCGCCGCAAUGGAAUUCUCCUCCUGCACUGCUGAUUCCUCCACAACCGCAUCCACCGCCAUUGCAGAGUUCUCCGGCUGAGCAAAUGCCGAGAUGCCCACAGUCAAGCCCUCUUCUCAUUCCCACGGUGCAAAGCGCGAGCCCUCGUCUUGCUCCGAUUUAUUGGGGAAGUGCGGUCUCUUGCCGUGUUCUGAUCGAGCCAAGAGGGGGGCCUCCGCCGAGCCCUCAUCGUGUUCCAAUUGAGCAAAGCACGAGCCCACCGCCGAGCUCUCGUUGUGUUCCGACCGAGUGGAGAUCGAGCCCCCUGCCGAGCGAUCGUCGUGUUCUGAUUGAGCGAAGAGGGAGGCCUCUGCCGAGCCCUCUUCGUGUUCCAAUUGAGCGAAUUGCAAGCCCACCGUCGAGUUCUCGUCAUGUUCCGACCAAGCGAAGCACAAGCCUGCUGUCGAGCCCUCGCCGCGUUCCGAUCGCGCGAAACACAAGCCCGCCACCGGGCGGUAGUUCCCUCUUUGAACCUUUCUUCAAAGGUCCAAGUGUCGCCGCAUCGUCAUCAUCAGCCCCCUCUGCAGAGAUGAAGAAGCAUUCCCAGAACUUCACCUUCCACGAUCUCGCCAUCGCAACUGAGAAUUUUAGCAAUGCAAAUUUUCUCGGAGAAGGGGGAUUCGGAAAUGUCUACAAGGGAAAGCUCAAUUCGGGAGAGGUGGUCGCUGUAAAGGUGCUUAGAAAAAUGGGGGUACAGGGGAACAAGGAGUUCCUAACGGAGGUUCUCAUGCUCACAAUGUUGAAGCAUCCGAAUCUCAUUGGCUUAGUCGGAUUCUGCUCUGAGGGAGACCAAAGGCUGUUGGUUUACGAGUUCAUGCCGAACGGCACUUUACUGGAUCAUUUGUUUGAUUUACCACCCAACCGAGAACCACUCGACUGGACCACACGGAUCAAGAUUAUUCUUGGUGUAGCGAAUGGGCUCCAUUACCUGCACGAUUUGGCGGACCCGCCCGUCAUUUACCGCGACAUGAAGGCCGAAAACAUUCUGCUAGACGACGACUUCAAUCCCAAGCUCUCUGAUUUUGGGCUCACUAAGCUCGCACCUGCUGGGGACGAAGCAUACGUAUUUACUCGGAUUUUGGAAAAUCAAGGCUACUGUGAUCCAGAGUAUGUUGCAACUGGUAAGCUCAGCAAAAAGUCUGACGUAUAUAGCUUCGGCAUUCUUAUGCUGGAGUUGAUCUCUGGGCGAAUAGUAUAUGAUGAGACGGCCCCGCGAUUGUUGGCCUGGGCAAGCGCGUGUCUAAGCAAUAGGAAACUGUACGUGCAACUUGUCGACCCGCUACUUCUAGGCUGCUUCCGACGCCGUUCUCUCAACAUUUUAGCACCGGUCAUUGGAUUCUGUACCAACUAUGAACCUUGUUUGCGGCCUCCCAUUAAGGACGUCGUCAAGGCCGUCGCAAACGCCGCAUCCUUCUCCUACGACUCGGAAUCUUCCACUCCCAGCACAACAAGCUCUGAGUCUUCUGCUUCACUCUAGCAGCCUGCCUCUUCUCAAUUCGCCGCUUCAUCCUCGCAGCCCUCCUCUCCUUGGUUCUGCAGUUUUCUGUUCUUCCGACGGAAUAAUGUUCGAGCUUUGGAGGCGGGAGUCUUAUUAGCCGUUAUAGAUAUCGUACGGCUUUGUAUAUACCGUUCAUACUUACAGCACAGUGCGUGAAAUUUUCUUUUACGUUCGAGACAACUGUAGAGUGUAAAGUUUCGAAGCCAUAUUUCCAUUUUUGCACACUAUGCUGUGCGGGGUAAAUGUAGAAGCCAAAAUAAAGGGAUUGGCUUUGUACAAAAACUCUCCGAUUCGUGCAUAUGUGAAGUAUAAUUUGAACCAAUUGCUUAAUGGAAGUCCUCUUUUUUU